AUGGCUGUAACCAUGUCGCCCAAUGGUGGCCCAUCAUCGAGGCACAAAGCGCUUUGCUUUGUUUUCAGCGCUUGGUUCUGCGGAUUUUUCUUGGAUUUGCGCUGUGGUAACCCGCGCUAUGCCGGGCCAGGUGGCGGUUUGGACACCAGAACCAAGCAGCCAAAGCAGCUGCGAAAGGCAAGUGCUUCUGUGGCUGGUUCUAUGCUGACAGAACUUCACAAGCGCAUAGGUGUUUUCGUCGGACUGGUGACUUGCCUGUUGCUGCCGAUGUGGGCUUCCGAGCUGUACUGCUACGUAGUUUUGUGCUGCUUCGUGGCUGGAGGAACGCUCGAGUACUGGACGGCCGUUUACAACAAUGUGAAGGCCUCUUCACUUGAGGACUGGGCCAUUUAUGCCAUCUUGUUCAUGGCUUGGGUCCUGCCUACAGCAGCAGCACUUCAAAUUUACAAUGGUGUUAUUGGGCACACUCGUUUAGUGGAAUGCCUGAUAAUUCAACUCGUCGUGGGAGAUUCUGCGCAACUUAUAGUUGGCCGGAGCAUGGGGCAGCACCAUGUGUGCGUGAAGCUCUCCCCAAAGAAGACGCUUGAAGGCUACAUCGGAGGAUUCGUAUUGACAUUCCUUUAUGGAGCCAUCGUGCAUGGAUGGAGUCCUGUGAACAUUUGCGUGGUCUAUGUGUUCGGUUGCGCUGGUGACCUGUACUUCUCUGCCAUCAAGCGUCGCUUGGGCAUCAAGGACUACUCUCGCGUCCUAUCUUCGCACGGUGGCUUGCUUGAUCGCAUCGACUCAUUCAUGUUUGCUGCGAAUGCUUUAGUGUGGAAGGCCGUUUUCCUGUUUCCAGACUGA